AGGCUAAUAUUUCAGCUGAUGAUGGAGAGCUCAGUGUGAAGGCUUCUUCGCUUCUGCUCUCUCCCAAGCGUGGCUCCUGGCAGUCAGAACUCUGCCUGUCCCGUGUGCAAGACCGUCUGCCACGGACAGUCAUGCAAAGGGCGUGCAAACGACAGAAGAGAAAGACGACAGUGAGGGCAGAGACAGAUCUAGAGAUUCAGAGAUUAACACAGGCGCACAAAUUGUGUCUCAGCCCUGAGCCUGUGCAUCAAGUCGAGGGAGCCUUCAACAAAGAGGACAGGCUUUUCAAAAGGGGAACCAGAGCACGUCCGACCCAGAAACGGCAGAGCUGGGACACAAGUAGAGAAAUCACGGCACGAGAGGCACACCCCUUUGUCUUCCGCAGUUCUCUUUUACCUCUUUAACUCCUCUUGAAAUGUUUCCUUCUUAGGAAACACAAGUGCAGCCUUUGCUGCUGGUCUCAGACAGCAUUACACUCCAGGAGUCUCCACUUUCCUCAUUCUGUACUGUCUCUAUUCAGGAGACUUCUCAGGUAUGUAAAUUCACCCUAGGAAGAAGAACUCGAUCGCUCAUUUUGGGGAGGGAGACUUAUCAGACAAAUGGUGCACGCAGGAAGAUAAUCAUCUGUGUCAUGAGCCCAGCCAUUUCAACUGCCUACCGAGAACACGCUGGGAGAGGAAGUCCACCGGCUCUCAACAAAACAGCACUCUUCAUUCCGGACAGCUUUCUUCAUGGCCAUGGACACGCAGGAUAGGAGCAGAGCCGAUCUUGCACUCCCAAAUCCACAAGAGCAAGCUGGUGUACCUGAAAUCGAACUCCUGGAGGUAUCUCCUCAAGAGAAUGCUCCACCGGAGAAGUCAGCCUCAGCCCCAGCACGGCAGACAUGGUCCUCGCUUUUGAAGAAAGAGCUGGAAUUCCUGGGGGUCACACAAAUUUUGAUUGGUUUGUUAUGCCUUUGUUUUGGAAUAAUUGUCUACUCUAUACUUGAUAUUUCCAAAUUUGAUGAAGGAGGAUUUUCAUCAUUCAAGGCAGGCUACCCGUUCUGGGGGGCAGUACUUUUCGUUGUCUCUGGAGUUCUGUCAGUUCUAUCUGAGAGGGGAAAGGCGAUGUAUCUGGCGAGGGGCAGGCUGGGGGUGAACACCCUCAGCAGCGUAGGUGCGGCCGUUGGCAUCAUCAUCCUGGCCCUCAACCUCAGCUACAGCUCAACUUACGUCAGGAAUUGUGACAGACUCGACGAGGCUGACGACUGCCUUGUGGCUUCAUUUAUUAUCGAAAUUGUGGCCAUGAUGCUGUUUCUCACCAUCCUGGGAUUUUGUGCGGCAGUGUCGCUCACGAUCUAUGGGAUCGGCGAAGAAUGCAAGGGGAAGAAGCUUCCAGAUGAUCGUCUUUAUGAAGAAUUAAACAUUUAUUCACCAAUUUACAGUGAGUUGGAAGACAAAGGGGAAACACCUCAAGUGGAUUCAUAAGGACUGUGUGCCCAGGACACUCUGAGUCAAAGAAAAGGGUCUAAAAGCCAAAAUCCGCUUAUGACGCUACUGGGACAAUGUCCGUUCUCUAUGCAAUCUAUCAACUUUGCAUUAGAUUUCUCCUCUGCAUAUCAAUAUUUUGUUUGCUUUUUUUUUUUUUUAAUUAUUUUUGUUAGUCCAUGUUUGUGGUACACAAUGACCGCAUUUCUCCUGGGGAGCUGGUGUGUGGACAGUGCACACCUUCACUCGUGUUUUGUCCUCUCCUUCACCCUUCCCUGCUUCACUGCUUCUGAUCACCCGUGUGUCCCGUUUCCUCAUUUGUAGAUGUGACACAUCCCUUUCUCUUGUUUUCUGUUCUGAUCUCACACACAGCCCUCUGGGAAGUCAACACGGAGUCAACGAGUUUUCCCGCAUGUCUGUAACUGUGUGAGUAGGGAAGACAAGGAGGCUGAGGGCUGAGCUGAACUCUUACUGUUUGAUAAAUCCUGCUUCUCAGUUGUUUUCAGAGUUCCCAGAGCUGCGGUGGGUAUGAUACCUACACCCUGCACAUGCACCCACACUCCACAUAUAUGUAACUUACAGGAUGCAUGUUUUUCUAUGUGCAAACACAUACAUCUCCCAAUAACAAUAUAUUUUUGGUGGAGACACAAAGUUUUAUAAAAAUCUUUAGAUUGCCCAACCUAAAGGGCUUUCACUGAUGCAGUAUUUUUCAAUAGCAUUUUCAGGUUGGUAAAUAGAUGAUGGGGGUUUUAUGAAGCUACUCAGUAUCUAAUGAAAUGAAAAGGUGAAAGCAGAGAAACUGUAAAUGCAGAGUUCAUUUAAUGAGAUGUUAUUUAGACCUAAAAGAUAAAUUAAUGACAACUCUAGAGGCAAUGAAUUCCAUGGGAAUGCAGAGAAAUGACCAUAUCUAAAAGGUGCAUAAAAUUAUUAACAGGUUAAAAUUACAGAACAAAGUUAGACAGCUAAGUUUUUGACUAAUACAAAGUGUUUGAGUCUAAGGUCCAAGGAGAUCCAUCAGUAGUGUUGGAGAAAUGGUGGACAUUCAGAGACAUGAGUAAUGGAAGAGUUCAGCUAGAACUAGAUAAGCUCAGGUUUAGAUGUUCAUUAUGAGAAGAGGAAAUGAAGUUGGCGCUCAGCACAGAGUUCCAGUCCUGACACCUCUUGAUGGCAGAGGCUCCCAGUCAUGAUAAGGGACAUCGCUAUUACAUGGGACCAGGCAGUGGGAGUGGGUGGAAGAGCAUAAGUGAAGUAAAAAGGGUCAAAGAUGAUGUGUAUCUGAACCAGCUCCCCACGAUGACUAUAUUUAAUAUAUCUAAUAAACACACACUGGUAGAAAUUUUAAAAUUUAGGGAAGCAAGUUAACACUCGGAGAGAAUUCUUUUGAGAGAGAAGUAAAGCCAGGUUAAGCUUCACAUGCCUACAAUCAGAGGGAAAAAAUAAAGGUAAGAUCUAGAAGACACAAGAAUUAGUCAGAAAAGUACACUGCAAGACAGUGGAGAGCAGGAAGCCCAAUGUGGAGAAAAGCUGAGUGAAAAGAAAACAACACUGAGAGGUGUGAAAGUGGGUGCAGGUAGGACAGAGUCCUCUCUGUAGACAGUGGGAAAACAGCAAGAGGGAUGAACACAAACAAGGCCAAGGUGGACUUCACUGGCUCUUGUCACGGGUAGAUGAACAAAACAUUCUCAAAGAGCGUUUGAGAGAGAGAGAGGUGGGGGUGAUUGUGGGCAGAAAGAUAGAGGAUUGUGUGUAGAAGGUGAUAAGGAAAAGUUAAGCCAAGAGAAAUGAUUUUGUGGCAGUUGUUUUUAUAUUUAAGACAAGAACUACUGUUCAUGUCUUUAGCUUAAGUAGAAAAGUGCUGUGGAAGCUGAGACAUUUUGGGGACAUCAGUCACCUCGCUGUCAUUUUCACCUUCCCCUGGCAUACACAGAACACCACUGGCAUGCUUUUCACAAUUUUUUUUUCUUUUUUGUUACCAGAAACUGAACCCAGGGCCUUUAUUCUGAGCUACAACCUCAGCCCUCUGUAUUCUUCAUUUUGAGGUGGGGGGUCUCACUAAGCUGCUAAGUUACCCAGGCUAGGCUUGAACUUGUGAUCUUCUGCCUUAGCCUCCUGCAGUGCUGAAAGCUUUCAGACUUUUGUUGUCCCAAAUUAUCUUUCUAACUUUCAACUUAAAGGUCAUCUUCUUCACAAAGCCACUGAAUAGGCCAUCUAUUUAUCCAACCUUCAUUUCUUGCUGUCUAGCCGCUCCAGCCCAUAAAGAAGUGUGAUUGUCAGAGUGCGUGUGAUCUCCUUGUAUGUCCUCAACUACUAAUAUUUGUACAAUAAAUCGGACAUUUGCAACUUUU